AUGUCGAGACUCGCUCAGCUGGAGCGGCUGCUGAAAGCGCAAGGGCUGGACCUGCUGCAUGCCUUCCGAGUGCGGUGGUACGAUGACCUGGUGGAGAAAGAGAACCUUCCAGUCAGGAGGCUGUCUUCUUUCGGUGAGGGCUACAAGGUCGGCAUCCUCAUCGGCAACUCCAAGAGCUUGUGGACCAGCUUCGUCCGAGCGCUGAAGGAGGACGCCGAGUUGCGAGCAAACAAGGACCCCCUGGAUACUUACACUCAGAGUCGAGUGAAGGAUGCCGUCGAAGAAGUUUAUCACGACCGCAAGCAGGAGUUGUUCUGGUCAUGCGACUACGGGGAUCGCCUGGUUGCGAUGCAGAGAAUCGCAGAGGUUGUGCUGCUGGAGGGGGUUGAGUCAGAGUUCGAUGACUUGCCGGCUGCUCCUCCUCCUCCACUCCCGUGCCCUGUGAGCAUGGAGGAGCUCGCCGCAGCCAAGGAAGCGAUCGAUAGUGCUCUCAGCAUGUCAGAUCAGACGAAGCUGCGCGAAGAGCUGCAUGGCGAGUCGAAAGAUGAAACCAGCGCGUCAUGGAGGCACUGGUUACGAGUGAGGGAGACUGUCAAACUUGGACAAGAGUUUCGAUACUCCGACGAUCAGGCCGAGUAUCAUUACACCAAGAAUCGUCUCGUGCUUGAGAGGGCCAUUGGCGGGUUGGACUAG